GCAAUUCAAUUGUGGCAUAGUCGGACUACAGCGCAAAUAUUUAAUUAUUUAUUUCCCAAUUCUGUAACAGCUGCAGGCCAUAACCUCAACCUUACUUUACCAUGAAUCAUGAGAACUCCCAAAGUAAAAACAAUGGCUCUUUAUUUAAUUUUGAGCUGUUUGUAAGCAGUAUGCCUUUGUUAUACAUUCCAAUGCUUGAGAGAUAAGAUAUUUUGGAAACAAAAAGAACAUUUUAGGCUUAUUCCCAAGGAUAUCUGAGUGGAAACUGCUUAAACCCAAUUGUAGACAUAUUUGAGGAAUGAGGACAGGUCUUACAAUGUUAACAAAUCUUGAGUAUAAAAACAGUGUUUCACCAGAGUGAACUUCACAGUGUUACAAACCUACAAUAGAAAGAGGCUUGAAGAAUGCUGCUCCCGAAUGCAAUGAUGACUCUGUUACUCAUACUGUGCUGUACUUCACACUACGAUGCUGAACAAACCUGCCCUGAGGUAAAGCUGGUAGGUCUGAAUGACAAUGAGAGGCUGACUUUCCUCCAGGGGUGUCCAGGACUUCAUGGGGUGCCGGGGACCAAUGGCAUUCCGGGGGCCCCAGGCAGUAAAGGGGAUCAGGGUCCUGCGGGGAGUAAAGGAGUGAAAGGUGACCCUGGAGUACCGGGGAAGAUGGGUCCAGUUGGUGACAAAGGAGUGAAAGGUGACCAUGGACACAAUGGAAAUCCAGGCCCAGCAGGAGCCAAAGGCAAGUGGCUGGUAGUUAAGUGACUAAGACCUUAAUCAGUGUUAGGUGUAUCAUUAUCAUGAAAGAAAAGGUGAUCUAUCAAUUCAAUACCAAUCAAAUAUAACUGUACAAAAAGGAUACUGUAAGCGUGUGUAAAUAACAUUAACAUUUCACCAAACUGUAAGUAACUUGAUUUAUGUUUUCCACAGGGGAAAAGGGAGAUUGUCUAUGUCCAAUUCAAACAAGUGCUAUGAACUGUAAGGAGCUGCUGGAGCAAGGAAACACAGUGAGUGGCUGGUACACGGUGUACACAGCCAGCAACAAUCCCAUCAGUGUGUUCUGUGACAUGCACACAGACGGAGGAGGCUGGCUUGUAUUUCAGAGACGCAUGGAUGGAUCAGUGGAUUUCUUUCAGGACUGGAAUUCAUACAAGAGGGGGUUUGGCUACAAGCAGACAGAGUUUUGGCUGGGAAAUGAGAACAUUCAUUUAUUAACAACAGGUUUUCAUGAAUUACGCAUUGAUCUUGAAGACUUUGAACGUGUAAAAACCUUUGCAAAGUACGAGUCUUUUCACAUCUUGGAUGAAUCCGAGAACUAUAAACUCCUCCUGGGUAAAUUUACAAGUGGUACUGCUGGUGACUCGCUGACACAUCAUAACAACAUGCCGUUUUCUACUAAGGAUCACGACCUAACUGGAAGGCAGUGUCCUGAAGUUUAUAAAGCAGCCUGGUGGUAUAAUAAUAAAUCGUGCCAUCAGUCCAAUCUAAACGGUCUUUAUAAAAAUGGAUCCCAUGAAUCCUUUGCAGAUGGAAUAAACUGGUAUUUGGGGAAAGGAUACCAUUAUUCCUACAAGUAUGCUGAUAUGAAAAUUAGGCUGAAAUAGAUACAAUUCUUUAUUUCACAGCAAGUUUUCUUAUUUGUCAAAAAAAGUAUAUAACACCUACAAUAAUAAUAAUAAUAAGUCUUUAUGUAGUCACCCAUAUUGCACAGCUUUGUCUGGGCACAAGUAGAAUAGAGUCAGAGUUAGCAGACCGCAAGUUCCACUGCGGAAAAUAAAGGCUAAGCACGUCCUUGACACAGGUGGGCCAAGGCCAUGCAAAGCCUUAAAAGUCACCAGCAAUAUUUUGUCAUUUAUACUGUAGUUAUAGUGUAAUGAUGCCAAGAUUGGUGAUAUAUGCUCAUGCUUUCUGGGUCUUGUUCAAAGGCAUCCAUGACAAUUUUACACUCUGCAACCGAUGCAUUGAUUUUAAAGAAACACCAGCAAGCAAGGCAUUACAAUAGUCCAGCCUUGAUGUAUUAAAGGCAUGAAUCCAUUUCUCCACAUCAGGCAAAGACAAGGAUGACCUAAAGUGUGCAAUAUUCCAAUAUCCACAUAAUACACACUGCACAGCAUAGGUCUUAUCCACAGAUAUUACUAAAAAAAGAAAGAGGAAAAUCAUUCUCAGGUCCAAUUAAGAUCCAAUUAAUGUUAAGGGCUUUUCACACUAGGUAGGGUCAGGGGAAAAAUUAUUUGCAAAAUCUAAAUGGGAUCAUUGAGGUCGGAUGAAGAGGUACAAGAAUUGGACAAACAAUAUUCAGCACAUUGCAGUCUCCUCAACCACAUUACAGCAAGCCCUCCAUCCUUCGCAAAAUAAUCCAACACAUAAUACUGUACUAAAAGAUAAGGAGAAACAGAAAAACCCUAUGUCAUGCUGGACAGAGUCAUGUGGGAUAUUGGAACAUUUAAAUUACAUUGCUUUACAUUUUUCUUCUGUGUUCCCUCGUUCAAAGAAUCCUCAAAUAAAUAUUGGAUCUUAUUUAUCCCAUCAUUGUCUUCCAUUGUGUCUGAUUGUCUGGGAUCCUGUCUAAAUCUGGUUUAAUGACCCCCUCUCCUUACAGGAGGGAAGGGUGCACCUCACAAGUACAGUAUAGAUACAAUAGGGUGCCAUACAGUCCAGUCCAGUAGAGUAGAGUUGUGAGGUUUUUAGAUGCUUUCUUAGGAUUUUGUUUCUGAACAGAAAUGCACUCUGGAGAGCAACACACAAAUUCCAAACAUGCAAACAGUUUCUUCAGAAUCAAUUCUGUGUCAAAGCUCAGCAUUCCUGUGCUAUCAGAAAUGAGUAAAAUGACAUUCCUUCUUGGAUUAGACAGGUUUAUUGGGAGACUUUCAUUGCUUUAACUUUAUUCGAAUCCUUGCAUUUGUAACACUUGUCUCACUUACCCCUACACAAAUAGGCCUUGCACACACCUAACAGUAAGGGCCCUGGAUUCUUAUCUAUUAUCCCAGAACCAAUGGUCCUUUUGUUUUUGCACACUGUUACCAGACAAAUUAGCACACUUACUUUUCUUCUUUAGCGAUGCCUCCACCUGAUGGUCACGUGGUUCCCCUAUUAUUGGCACACGUCCCCAGUAAUUUAUAUUCAACAUAUAACAAAUGCAAAUUAAGCAAGACCAAUAUACAACUAAUAAAAUCACACUCAC